AUGCUGACACUCCGGAUAUCAGAUCAGAAGUGGCGGCACCUCACCACACAGCACCACCUUCCUGAAAUCCUCCGUCCAAUGCCGCAAAGAACUCACCCAGAUGUGGCACAUGAUGAAUCCAGGGGAGACAAGUUAUAUGAGUUCUCAGAGUGUGAGCAAAGUUUAAUUCCAAAGUCAUUUCUAACAGUUCACCAGAAGAUUCACGAUGAAGAGAAACCAUUUGACAAUUCACAUUUUACUCAACACCAGAGGAGUCACACAGGAGAGAAGAUAUUUGAGUGCUCAGAAUGUGACAAGUGUUUCACAAAAAAGAAUAAACUUACUAGACAUCAGAAGAUUCACACUGGAGAGAAACCAUUUAAAUGUUCAGAAUGUGACAAGUGCUUCUCACUUAAACAUCAUCUUACUCAACACCAGAGGACUCACACUGGAGAGAAGCCAUUCAAAUGCUCAGAAUGUGACAAGUGCUACGCAAGAAAGAGCCAGCUUACUGAACACCAGAAGAUACACACUGGAGAGAAGCCAUUUCAAUGUUCAGAAUGUGACAAGUGCUACGCAAGAAAGAGACAGCUUACUGAACACCAGAAGAUACACACUGGAGAGAAGCCAUUUCAAUGUUCAGAAUGUGACAAGUGCUUCACAGAAAAGGGAAGUCUUGCUACUCACCAGUGGACUCACACGGGAAGGAAACAAUUUAAAUGCUCAGAAUGUGACAAGUGCUACGCAAGAAAGAGACAGCUUACUGAACACCAGAAGAUACACACUGGAGAGAAGCCAUUUCAAUGUUCAGAAUGUGACAAGUGCUACGCAAGAAAGAGACAGCUUACUGAACACCAGAAGAUACACACUGGAGAGAAGCCAUUUCAAUGUUCAGAAUGUGACAAGUGCUACGCAAGAAAGAGACAGCUUACUGAACACCAGAGGACUCACACUGGAGAGAAGCCAUUCAAAUGUUCAGAAUGUGACAAGUGCUACGCAAGAAAGAGACAGCUUACUGAACACCAGAAGAUACACACUGGAGAGAAGCCAUUUCAAUGUUCAGAAUGUGAAAUGUGCUUCACAGAAAAGGGAAGUCUUGCUACUCACCAGUGGACUCACACGGGAAGGAAACAAUUUAAAUGCUCAGAAUGUGACAAGUGCUACGCAAGACAGAGACAGCUUACUGAACACCAGAAGAUACACACUGGAGAGAAGCCAUUUCAAUGUUCAGAAUGUAACAAAUGCUUCUCACUUAGGCAUCAUCUUACUCAACACCAGAGGACUCACACUGGAGAGAAGCCAUUUCAAUGUUCAGAAUGUGACAUGUGCUUCACACAAAAGGGAAGUCUUGCUACUCACCAGUGGACUCACACUGGAAGGAAACAAUUUAAAUGUUCAGAAUGUGACAAGUGCUUCACAGGAAAGCAAAGUCUUACUGAACACCUGAAAAUUCACACUGGAGAGAAGGCAUAUGAGUGCUCCGAAUGUGACAAGUGUUUCACAAAAAAGACAACACUUAUUCGACACAAAAAGAUUCACACUGGAGAAAAGCCAUAUACAUGUUCAGAAUGUGACAAGUGCUUCACACAAAAGGGAAGUCUUGCUACUCACCAGUGGACUCACACUGGAAGGAAACAAUUUAAAUGUUCAGAAUGUGACAAGUGCUUCACAGGAAAGCAAAGUCUUACUGAACACCUGAAAAUUCACACUGGAGAGAAGGCAUAUGAGUGCUCCGAAUGUGACAAGUGUUUCACAAAAAAGACAACACUUAUUCGACACAAAAAGAUUCACACUGGAGAAAAGCCAUAUACAUGUUCAGAAUGUGACAAGUGCUUCACACAAAAGGGAAAUCUUACUGGUCACCAGAGGGCUCAUACUGGAGAGAAACCAUUUAAAUGUUCAGAAUGUGGAAAGUGCUUCACAUGGAAGGAAAGUCUUAUUAAUCAUCUGAGGAUCCACACAGGAGAGAAACCAUACAGGUGUUCAGAAUGUGACAAAUGUUUCACCACCAAAUCUGAUCUUAGGGUUCACUGGAGGACUCACACUGGAGAGAAACCAUUUCAAUGUUCAGAAUGUGACAAGUGCUUCUUACUUAGUCAUCAUCUUACUCAACACCAGAGGACUCACACUGGAGAGAAACCAUUUCAAUGUUUAGAAUGUGACAAGAGCUUCAGACAAACAAAUAGUCUUAUUCGGCACCAGAAGAUCCACAAUAGAGAAAAAGCUGUUUCAAUGCUUUGA